AUGGCCGACGAGGACGUCCCCUUGAGUUUUUUAAAUAAGGAGGAUUACCCCAUCGAGUAUGCUUACGCACCUCAGCCUGACCUUUCUCAAUAUACCUGGCUCAACGUCGAAGCCUAUCAGCAUUAUGUUAGAGGUAACAAGGUCGGGCGCAUGGUGCAAGUGGGACAUAUAUUGCCCGGACUACGCAAAUCUAUUGGCAAAAUGUGUAAAGGGUGUUUCGCCGGAAGAGAACGGCUGCUUGGACGAGAGCAACGUUAG